UCUUUCCGGAAGACUCAUAAUUAGUCCAGGCAACACGUAGAAGGCUAGUUCAGCAUUCAGCCCUUCUUCACUCACCGGUCGCUUCGUGCUUCAUUGCGCCUUGUUCAGGUACUCUGUACACAGUGAUUUAUGCGAAAUUGUGCUCCAUGGCUUAGAGAAAAAUGUGGUGUUUGACGAAUGGCGCGGAUAUAAGACGGGCGUGCCGACGUACGGCGCCGCACUUCUGGACAGCACAAUGAACCAUGUGCUGCUUGUGCAGGGCUAUUUCGCAAAAAACAGCUGGGGCUUCCCCAAAGGAAAGGUGAAUGAAGAAGAGGAACCAAUGGAUUGCGCUUCUCGGGAGGUAUGGGAAGAAGUGGGCUUUGAUAUCUCCGACAAAAUUUCCCCAAAACGCAUGAUCCAAAGCUAUAUGAAUGAUACCUUAAUACGCCUUUAUAUAAUCCACGAUGUUCCCAUCGACUUCCCAUUUGCGCCGAACACUCGCAGCGAAAUAGGCAAAAUCCAAUGGUUUUCGCUUUGGCAUUUACCAAAAGACAGGAACGAUAUGGCGAGCUGUGAAAAAACUGGUUUAAAUCCGAACUGCUUCUACACCGUCAUUCCGUUGGUCAGGGAAUUACAGGCGUAUGUUACUCGCAACGCAAAAAUGCUCAACAAACUGGAGCAGAAGCCAGGCGACACGACGAUUAGUAUUGGCGCACGUUCUUCAAGUGCCUUCAGUCCUGUACAUCCUCAGCAGUGGAAUGAGGCUUCAAUGCCAGCGCUGCAUCCUCAUUUCGCCAGUACAUCCAAGCGGCCCUGUGCAGCAGAUUUGUCGCAGUUGCAUCCUGUCCAGCAGCAUUCAUCACCGAACGCAGCAUUCUUCAAGCCGCUGACGCCUGCUCAGCAAGUUUCGUACACGGGCACCGCUUUCGUACAAAUGCUUUCUUCGUGCAGCAGCAUUGCAGAGCGACUGAAAGCAAGAGAAGUGACAAGGCCUGUGCCAACAGUCCCGAUGAGAGCAGCUGUGUUGACGCCGGGCAACCCUGUAUAUGAUGCCUUCAAGGACAAAUCGCAAAAAAAGGUUUUUCUUGGUGUUUUUGCAGCAGACAGACUUGAUCUGGAAGGGAUCGUCUGAAG